ACUCGCGCAGCCAGCAGCCACACCGGGAGACACUCAGAAGGAGGCGCACGUAUUGCUGCUCUGGAUAUUAAACAGCACCCACCCGCUCGGAUGUGCAAUAUGACUUUUGAAGAAACCAGUGGAGAUAAUUCGUCAGAAAGGAUGGACUCGGUGGCUAAAGCGCUGGAGGAGGUCCUGAGCUCUGCGUUGCCUCAGGGCUGCACCACGGUUGGAGUCUACGAGGCGGCGAAGUCCCUGAAUGCGGACCCGGACAACGUGGUGCUGUGUCUGCUGGCCACGGACGACGAGGAGGACGUGGCUCUCCAGAUCCACUUCACCUUGAUCCAGGCAUUCUGCUGCGAGAAUGACAUCAACAUCCUGCGGGUGUGCAACAUGCAGCGUCUGGCAGAAAUCCUGGGAGGAGGGAAAGCUGGAGGGGAGCCCACGGACCUGCACUGCGUUCUCGUUACCAAUCCCCAGUCGUCGCUGUGGAAGGACCCGGCCCUGAGCAAAGUGACCCGAUUCUGCAGAGAAAGCCGCUGUUUGGACCAGUGGGUGCCGCUUAUCAACCUCCCCGACCGAUGAGGCGACUUGGAUUAAUAAUGUAUUGUGUGCAUAUGGAAAAGUGACUGCACAAGGCCUGUGUUAAUGUCUGUGUUGGACUCCUUUUGGAAAUGCCCCAGAGAGAGAGAGAGAGGGGGGGGUGGGGGGUGGGUGAGAGAGAGAGAGUCGGGUGGGGCAGAAGAAGAAAAAAAAAAGAACACAAGGAAGCGAAACGUUCCAACACAUUUACCGUAUCAGGGUGAACUUGUGGGCCAAGGAAGAGUGACUCAGCUGUUUGGGUUGCAGGAUUUCCAACGUAUGACCGCCUUUCCCGAGAAGGGACGCCUUUCCAGGAAACUGAUCCUUGUGAGCGGACAGGCGCAUGUGGUGGUCAGCACAUGCACAGGAGGGGGGGGGGGGAGCACAUACAGAGUCUCCGUUGACAAGACUCCCAAGAACUGGAUUGUACUGGACUGGUCGGAGUUCUCAGCUCGAAGAAUUCCUCAUGAAAAAUUUGACCAAAUCCAAGCAUUUCAUUAAACAGCACAUUUUAUUUAAUUGUAUUUAAGACGUGUCACUUUGAUAACUCAGAAGGGAAAGUUUUUCACAGAUUACGCCGGUUAUUUUAAGGGCAAUGCAAUGUUCCGACUUGUCCACUCACUGACGUGCAUUAUUAAUUGAAUGACUUUAUAUUUAUUGUUCAUGGAAUUCUGCCUUGUUACGUUGAAUUAAAUAAACAAACAACCAACAGUU